AUGGAUUUCCAAAAUAUCAAACACCUGACUGCUGCGACGAAGCAAAUGCGAGAGAAAUAUUGGAACGAUGCAAUCAGAACUUCUAUCUCUGUCCAGCAAGCUGCAACGACACAGGAUCUUCCUGUCAAAGGUCCUGUAUGGGUUAGCAAAUUCACAGCACCGUCUCCUUCCCACGAUGACAACUCUCGAGAGUUGCUUCUUGGUCUCAUCGAUGAGGCAAACACGCAUAAUAUACAUUAUGAUCGUCCAAAUUGCGAGCCACUCUCCUGUGAAUGGACAGGUUACCGCGAGGGAGUUGAAGCGGGUACGCCCGAACCACUACUGUCAGAAAAUGAGAAGUAUCAAAAAUUAGUGGAGGGUACCAAGAGCCCAUUAACAGUUUUGUAUCUCUAUGGCGGUUCAUUCGUACUCAAUACCCCUUCCAGCUACCGAAGACGUAUUGGAAGCCUAGCCAAAGCAACAGGAGGUAAAAUCCUAAUGGUGAAGCAGCGUUUGGCACCACAGAAUCCCUUCCCAGCAGCUUUCCUCGAUAUAUUCCAAGCCUACCUUUCACUUCUCGCACCACCUCCAAACUCACCACACGAAGCCAUUCCAGCCAAGAACAUUGUAAUAGCAGGUGAUAGUUCCGGAUCCGCCCUCGCAUUGAGCUUAUUACAAGUUCUUCUGCAGCUCAAACGAAAAAAUGCCGUCAUCAAUUUCCAUGGAAAUACAAUCCAGCCAGCCGAGUUCAUACCCGCAGGUCUCGCAUUGUUGAGCGUCACAACUGAUCUGGUCAAUGCGCUUCCCUCACACAAACGAAACAUAAUGCAUGAUAUAUUUCCCUUUCCCAUCGAGAAACUUCCCUACCUAGAAAAAAGCUUUCCUACCUGUUCGAUCUGGCCAACCAAGCCCGCACGAGCAAAUUUAUACUGCGAGGCUGGGAUGCUUGCUCACCCGCUAGCAAGUCCUGUUGCCUCCUUUGAUUGGUCUGGUUCUUGUCCUCUAUGGUUUGCAUCGGGGCAAGAACAAAUUGUGGAUGGCUCCCGACUGUUAGCUCAAACUGCUUUUUCACAGGGCGUUCCAGUUGUGCUUCAGGAAUAUGAGGGUAUGCCUCAUACAUUCUUCUGGGUAUUUGGCGAAGCACCGCAGACGAGAAAGAUUCUUGGUGAUUGGGCUGGGGCAAUAGUUGCUUUUGGGGAGGGCAAGAAAUUCGUUUCUAAAGCGGAAUUUAUUCAUGCUAAGGGCUUGAAGACAGAGGAGUUGAAUUUGAAGAAUUUAGUGUCUUUUGGUGUGGCAGAGGCGAGCGAGCUUCUCUGGAAGAAGACACUAGAUUAUAAGGUCCCAUUAUUUCACCAACACUGUCAGUCAUCCUUGUAG